UUUUUCAGAAUUAAUUAAGAUUCGAAUAUACGUCUAUCUGCAUAUGUCAACUUCCGGUUAAAUUCACUAUCGUAAUUGAAAGUAGGUGAACACAUGGCAAGUGGAAGACCAGAGAGGCAGGCGCCGCCUGAGAUUUUUUAUAAUGAAGAAGAAGCAAGGAAAUACACAUCAAACACUCGUAUGAUAGAGAUACAGAGCCAGUUGUCAGAGAGAGCAAUUGAAUUACUAGCGCUUCCAGAAGACACACCGUGCUUUAUCUUGGAUGUAGGAUGUGGAUCUGGACUGAGUGGUGAAUGUUUAACAGAACAGGGACAUUACUGGGUUGGUGUAGAUAUUAGUUCAUCUAUGUUAGAUGUGGCUGUUGAACGAGAGACUGAGGGAGACCUGGUGUUAGGAGAUAUGGGCUAUGGUAUGCCGUUCAAGCCGGGAACAUUUGAUGGAGUUAUUAGUAUAUCUGCUCUUCAGUGGCUAUGCAAUGCUGAUAAAAAAUAUCAUCAUCCGCCUAAGCGAUUACUCAAGUUUUUCUCUACACUAUAUGCCUGUAUGGCUCGUGGAUCUCGUGCAGUAUUUCAGUUAUACCCAGAAAGUAGUUCACAGUUAGAAUUGAUUACCCAGCAAGCUAUGAAGUCAGGGUUCACUGGAGGUCUAGUGGUUGAUUAUCCAAACAGUACAAAAGCUAAAAAAAUGUUUUUAUGUUUAUUUGCUGGUGGUCAAUCACAGACUUUACCUAAAGGACUUGGUACAGAGGAGGCUCAAGGUGCCAAGACACAAAUUUCAUUUUCAGAUAAAAGAGACAGAAUGAAAAAUGCAAGAGGAAAGUCAUUAAAGAAGAGUCGAGACUGGAUUUUAGAGAAGAAAGAAAGACGGAGAAGACAAGGGAAGGAAGUAAGACCAGACACAAAAUAUACUGGAAGGAAAAGAAAAUCUUAUUUUUGAAUGUUUUUACCUCUUUUUUAUUGAAUAAAAGUUGUUUUUGUUAUCAA